GGCGCGAACAAAAUUGGCGUAUCAAGAUGACGGUUAUAUAUCCACUUCCGUCAUAUGCUACGGUGACAAAUCUGUAACAAGCAUAUAGAGAUCAGUGUUAAGGUUCCAUAAAGCUUGGACACCCUGAUUUUUACCUAGUAGAGUCUUGUCGAAGUGUCGGAGUGUUCGUAUUGACGACAAUCGUUAUUUAUUCGUAUUUAAAACUUAUAUAAAGCUAGCACGGCUGUUGCGAGAUACAUAUAUAUUAAAACUAUAAGUUUCGUAGAGAGAAGCUUUUCAAAUUGUAAACUGCCAGUUCGUAAGUGCACAAUAUAACAUGCUAACCUCCGUUAAAGUGUAACAUUAAACCAAAAUCAAAAAAAUGUUUAUCUAUCUUUCUAAUUUUACAAAUAUACGACUGAGAAAGGCGUAAUAAACUUGAUGCUAUAACAAUUUGUGUUAUUAAUAAAAGAUUAAAGAAGUUCGCAUAUACUUACGAUUGUUAAUAUACGAAGACUUUCUUUGGUAUACAAGAGUAUUACUGUCUUGAAACUAUUUCGUUGAGUCGACUUUUGUUUGGGAAAAGAUAGAUUAUAUAUCAGUAGAUAAUCAGUCAAAGAUUAAAUAUUGUUGCUAGAUGGUAAAAUUACAAAAAAAAAUUACUUUGUAUCUAGAAACAAAUUUAAGUGUUGCAUUUAAGCGGUGGUACAAUAUCCACCACGGCUUUUACAGAGAUGGUUGGAUUGGCGGGCGGGGGAGGUCACCUUUAUCCCUCGCCCCCAAUGCAACCUAAUCCAGAGCUUAGAGAAAUGACUGGAAUUACAUCUAGCGCUCCAACAAGCGCAGAUGCAUGCUUAAGUAUUGUACAUUCUUUAAUGUGUCAUCGUCAAGGUGGGGAAAGUGAAGGAUUCAGUAAACGUGCUAUAGAAUCAUUGGUGAAAAAGCUUAAAGAAAAGAGAGAUGAGUUAGAUAGCUUAAUAACAGCAAUUACUACAAAUGGAGCACAUCCUAGCAAAUGUGUUACUAUACAAAGAACACUUGAUGGCAGGUUGCAAGUUGCUGGACGUAAGGGUUUCCCACAUGUCAUUUAUGCACGGAUCUGGAGAUGGCCAGAUUUACAUAAAAAUGAAUUAAAACAUGUCAAAUAUUGUCAAUUUGCUUUUGACUUAAAAUGUGAUUCUGUAUGCGUGAAUCCUUAUCACUAUGAAAGAGUUGUUUCACCUGGCAUAGACCCGUUCUUUACAGACCUGUCUGGACUGACACUGCAAUCAGGAGUAGGUGUAGGACCAGGGAGCAGAUUGGUGAAAGAUGAAUAUACCGUUGGGGGUGGAGGAGCUGCAGCAGCUGGAGCAAUAGGAGCAGCUAUGGAUGUUGAUGGUGAAAUGAAUCAAACAAUACAACACCAUCCACCCACACAACCUUCUACAGCAAAUAAUACCCCGCAACCACAACAAGGUUUUAUACCAGGUUUAGCUCCACCUAAUUCAACUAAUGGUGAGGGUAUAUUUGGCAGUAGUGGGGGAGGGAAUAGUGGUAACCCCCACACUAAAUUGGACGACAAUAAUUGCCCUAGGCAAACUUGGAUCCCUACACCUCAUCACUCUUCAACACAUAACAUACAUCAUCCAGUAGUACAUCCAAUGAGUCACACCGUAGGUAGCCAGCAGCAGUCAUUGAAUGCAGGCAGUGGAAGCAGCAGUACUCAGAUUUUGAGUCCUCCCCAAGGACAAUCGACAGAUACGUUCUAUGGAACUACUACACCACCUCAAGAUAUUAAUCAACCACCAACAAGUGUUGAUGCUUUAGCAGCUUCUUUAGGUGAAGGUCAAAAUUCUCCUGUGUCACCUGUACAUCUUCAUCAUGCAAAUGGAUUUACUGUUGGCACGGCGACAAAUCCAUAUAAUUCUGGAGCUCCACAAUGGACAGGAGCUAAUACACUUACUUACACACAAAGUAUGCAACCUCCAGAUCAUAGACAUCUUCAUGCCACAUCUUACUGGACUGGUCAUGGAGGAGAUGUUGGUGGAAAUAUUGGUGGAUUAUUGUCUACACAACCAGCACCUGAAUAUUGGUGUUCUGUUGGUUAUUUUGAACUAGAUACACAAGUAGGAGAAACUUUUAAAGUAAGCAGUGGUUGUCCAACUGUAACAGUUGAUGGUUAUGUAGACCCAAGUGGUGGUAACAGAUUCUGUUUAGGAGCAUUAAGUAAUGUGCAUAGAACAGAACAAAGUGAAAGAGCACGUCUUCACAUAGGAAAAGGAGUAGUGCUAGAUUUAAGAGGCGAAGGAGAUGUGUGGUUAAGAUGCCAAAGCGAGCAUAGCGUUUUUGUACAGUCUUACUAUUUAGACAGAGAAGCUGGUCGAGCACCUGGAGAUGCAGUACAUAAGAUAUAUCCUUCUGCAUAUAUUAAGGUGUUUGAUUUGCGUCAGUGUCAUAAACAAAUGAGAGGACAAGCAGCUACAGCUCAAGCUGCUGCUGCUGCACAAGCAGCUGCUGUUGCUGGUCAUCUUACACAUGGAGCACCUAUAACUAAAAGUUUAAGUGCAGCCGCAGGUAUUGGAGUGGAUGAUCUUCGGCGGCUUUGCAUAUUACGUUUAAGUUUCGUGAAAGGAUGGGGUCCUGAUUACCCAAGACAAAGCAUAAAGGAAACUCCAUGUUGGAUUGAGGUACAUUUACACAGAGCUCUACAAUUGUUAGAUGAAGUGUUACAUACUAUGCCAAUAGAUGGUCCUCGUGGUAUUGAAUAAUCUUACAUAUAUUUCGAUAAAGAAGAAAAAAGGUCAUAAUGUUAGAAACGUAAUGUGCAAAAUGUGCAUUAUAUAUGUAGAAGGACGUUUAAUAUGUAACACAUUCUUAAGAUUUUAAAUUGAUUUAAUUUAUGAAAAUCGAGUGAAUGAAAUUAAAAUAUGGAAAGCAUUCACAAAAACAUGAUAAUUCUACCAUAUGAAUUUUAUUGAACCAAAAUAUUGAAGGAAAAAAAUUGAGUUUGAAGUACCAAUUAAAAUUCGUCUCAACAGUUUACAUAUAUGGUAUAUCAUAUAGAAUAAAAUGUGUGCCACGGCCUUGUACUAUCAGCAAUGUACAAAAGUUAAACAAAGGAGACAUUAUUUUUUUUUAUCAAAAAAUUAUUUUUUACUGUGACGAAAUACAUCUGCAGAAGAAAAGAAAGAGGUAGGAUAAAAAUCUAUUUUAUUAGACAUUUGGUCUCUCUGAUUAAAAGCUGAAAUUAUUUACAAAAAGCAGUUGUUUCAGCUUGACUAAACGCAUGAAAAAAAAAAAAGUGUAAUACGUUCAAAAGAAAUAGUCGAUCUCAUUCUAUGAGAUUUAUCAUUUAAUAUAGUUUGAAAUAUGUUAAAACCUGCUACAUUACAAGGAACUUAACAUUUGUAAUAUACCAUUUGAAAGAAGAGAAAUGAUGACAUUUGAGUGCAUAACAGAGAUUUAUUCUAGGGGUGCACUACCGUACAAAAUCCUGUCAGAUGAUAGCCUUGAGACAUAGAAUUGAUAUAAUAAUCAUCGAUCGUACAAACUAUACACUAUAAAUAGGUAAUAUCAAUACUAAAAUAUUACUUAAAUAUGUGACAUAUUUGAUUAAAUCAUAUGACUGAAUUGUCAAUAAUAAACAUGAUGAUAAUAAGCAUAUUAUAGAAGAGCUCUCAUUAAGUUAUUACAUGUUACCUGGAAGCUAUUUUAAAUCAUUAAUGUUUUACACUAAUUUGGUAUUGUGCCAUUAGAAUAUUCCUCUAUAAAAUCAUCUGUUUUAUAGUAUAAAACCAAAAAAUUAUUAUAUAAAUAUUUUCAUUAUAAUUAUUAGUAACAGUGUUUUUAUAUAUUAAUGCUCGUUUCAUCAACAAUUAUGCUUUAAUAAUUGAAGGGUUUAUUAAUUAUUAUCAUUGUUAUUAUUAUCAUUCUUGUUAGUACUAUUAUUAUUAAUACUAUUACUACCAUUACUAUUAUUAUUACUAUUAUUAUUACUUUUAUUUUGUUGUAUGUAUUAUUGUGAGACAUAUUUAAGUCUACAUAUGAAUGUUGAAUAACUGUAGAAAUGCUAAAAGGUCUGUAAAUGUUUCAUCUUUGAUUUUGAGCAAAUUUAAUUAUUGUAAUAGUACAUUUAAUCACUUUAAACAAGCAUCGAUAUUGCUGCUAUCAUAAAGUAAUAGUCGUGUAAUUAUACAUACCACUUAUCAGCCAUUUUAUUAUUAUAUAUAUUCGUACAAAAUAUUUUAAUACAUGGUAGUAUUGUCAAAUAGGAUGAAGUUGACCAAAUUUUAUACCAAUAUAUAUAUAUAUACAUAAAAACAUAUAUACAUAUAUAUUACAUAUACUUAUUCUGAUUUAUUGCAAAAGAGUUUAUGGCUUGUUUUUAUCACUUAUAUUCUGUAUUUUGGCUUUAUAAAGGUAUGCUGAGUUCUUUCUUUUUUGUUGUAAAUGAGUAGAGAUUAUUUGACUGUUUACUUUUACACAUUAACCUUAUAUUUCUUCAUUAAACAAUUAAGGUGUCAUUGUUUAAUAAAUACUUGUUCUUUUUGUAUAAUAUUUUGUCCAUUGGACAUUAUAUGUUGAUAGUCAAACUGAGCUAUCAUUCGCCAAAGUAAGCAUGAAGUUAUUAUACAUUGCUUCUUUUUGUGUAUAAGUGCAAAAUAUAUAACCCUUUUUAUUAUAUAUAAUGUUGUAUUUUAAAAGUAGAAAUAUUAAUAUCACUAAGCAAAUGUGAUUUAAGAAAUGGGUGAACUACAAAUAAAAAAGUACAUAUAUAUUGUUAACAAAUGAAUUAACGGCAAAUAAUGUUACCAACUAAGUUAAAAUUUGAUAAAAACUAUGAAUCAUUGCUAAGAUAUGAAAGCGUUUUCUUUGUUAUUUGACCAAGGCUAAAUAAGGGAUAUAUAUCGUGCACCUAAAGUCAGCAGAUUUUUUAAGUAUAUCUAUUGCCAAUUUCGUAUUAAGAAUACAUGUGCCAUCAUUUUCAUACAUAUUAUACACAGAAAUAAAAGCAGAGAUAAGAUUUAGAAUUUUCUACAAAUUCUAUAUUUUUAAACAAAAAUGCAUAAAAUAUGAAUGAAAUGAAAUCUAAUUAUGGUACUUCAGUAUGCUUAACUAAUGCGCAUUAAAUGAAAAAAUACCAAUAAAGAUUGAAAUCCAAUCAGAUCUUUGCAAUGCACAUUAAAGCAAACCAAAUAAGUUAGCUAAUUUUAAUACUUAUGAAUGAAGAUGUCAAUCAUACAUGGCUUAAUUAACAUUGAUAUAUUAACUUUAAUAGCAACUUCAGAACAACUUUAUAAGAAAAUAUUUUGAACAAUGAGCAUAAUUUUUAAAGUAAAGAUACCUUUCCCUGAAUCCAAGUUUUUAACAUAUUUUGGAACUGGUAUCAAAGUGCAAUAGCCCUUUCUUAUGUCAGACAUAUUGUAGUUGAUAGAUAAAAGUAAAUUAUACCAUAGAAAUUUACAUUAUUCUUUAAGGAUUAAUAGUGGUAAGAUAUAAGACAGACUGGUAUUUAUAUAUACCACAUAUUUUGCGAUAUUAAUAUCAUAUAAACAUAUUUGUUUAUACGAACACAAAUAUAUGUAGCAUUUUUAAAUGCAAAAGCUUAUGUGAGAUAUAAUAUACUAUAGGUUCUUUUA